GUACCGCCCACCUAAAACACUCAUACAUACCCGAACCUUCUGGUGCAAACCAAACCAAAACCACCACCGCCUAAAACACUCCCAAACAAGAAAAGUGAUCUAAGAAACUGAAAUGGAGGAUCAAGAGAAGAAGAAGAAGAAAGUAAUGGUGGCAAUCGACCAGAGCGAAUACAGCCGCUAUGCUCUUGAGUGGGCCCUUGAGAACCUUCACGACUCCAUUGCUAACAACCACCUCCUCAUUUUCACCGUUCAACCCAUCUCUGACUACAGCUAUCUCCAAGCCUCUGCUUAUGGCGCCACUCUUAAAGAAAUGUCUGGUGCAACCGGAGAUGAUACGGCAUCUCACCUAACUAAAGAGAUGCAAGAAAAGAUUUCCAAAGCAGUCGGAAAAGCUUUAGAAGCUAGUCUACCACAGCUUAUCGAUAGACUACAAACCACGAUCUCAUCGGUGGUAGAAGAGAAGAUAAACGAACUGAAGGAGAGUCUCAUGCAAGAAAGAGACAAGGGUAAAACGAAAGCAUGCCCAUAUAAUGAGUUUAUGGCAUGUAAACCCCCAAUUUAUAAUGGCGAAGUUGAUCCAAUCGUUUGUCAACGAUGGAUUAGUGAUAUUGAAGGGGUUUUCGAGAGAACCCAUUGUGAUGAGACUGACUUCGUGGCUUACGGGAUCGGUCAAUUAAGAGGUCAAGCGAGAGAUUGGUGGGACAAUCUUAAAAAGGAACAAGGAAUCGAGGCCACGAGAACUAUGACGUGGGAGGAAUUCAAAGUACCGUUCCUUAGACAUCACAGCCCAGAAGCCAUGAUCAACAAGAUCAUAGAAGAGUUUAUUCAGUUAAGGCAAAAGGGCGAGUCGAUAGACAAGAUUACGGGGGUGUUCUUAGAGAAGCUCAGAUUCUGUGACGAGCUAGUUCAAACCGAGGAGCAAAAGAUCUACUAUUAUAAUAACAUGUUAAGUGUGGAGUAUCGGGAGUUUAUGACUCCCUCGAAAUACGGACAUCUUACGGAAAUCAUAAAUGCUGCACGAGAAAGGGAGAUCGAGUUGAAGAGACAAAUAGAAAGGGGUGAAAGAAGGGCAUUGGAUGCAAAUCCAAGCCCUACAAAGAAGCAAAGGCCAAAUGAGACUCCGAAGAAAGGAAACACCAAAGGGGGGUCACCUCAAUGCAAGACAUGUGGAAAACCUCAUCGGGGUGAGUGCUAUUUCAAGAAUAAACCAUGUCCUACGUGUGGGAAAGUGGGUCACGUGGCUUCUAAUUGCCCCGGUAAAGUGUCGGUAUGCUAUAAAUGCUACAAACCGGGACACAAAAUGUCUGAGUGCCCAGAGUUGAUUGGAAAUAAAGAAACAACCGACACGAAGACCGAAGCCCCGAGAUCAAAGGCAAGGUCCUUCCACAUAACGGCGGCCGAGGCCAAAGUUGAACCCGAUGUGGUUUCAGCUCCAGAGCUCAUCAGAAAUAUUCAAGAAAAUCAGAAGAAAGUUGCUCUUAAUCUGUUGGACCAAGCCAAGGAUCUCUGCAAUAAAUACGGGAUAACUGCGGAGACGAUGACUGAAGUUGGGGAUCCGAAAGAGCUCAUCUAUGAAGCGGUUGAAAAGUUAAAGGUCCAGCUUCUCGUGUUGGGUAGCAGUAGUCGUGGAUUUCUGAAGAGGGCUUUUCUUGGUAGUGUCAGCAAUCACUGUGUUCAAAACGUGAAGUGCCCGGUUCUUGUGGUAAAGAAAACUGUGUGAGUGAAUCAGGCUGUGUUUUCUCGAUUGUGGUGAUUUGAUGGUCGUCUGUUGUGCUUUGAAUAAAUAACAUGUAGAAAAAACAUCUUGUAAAGUUGUAAAUGAAUAAAGUUGCUGCGUAGCACUGUAUUUCCUGAACGUUCGUUUUUCGGUUCUUUUUUAUGGGUAUUGUGUUGAUAUUCUCUUUA